AUGAAGACGUAUCGCAGGAUCCUGGUCGCAGGCGAGCAAGGCCGAGAGCUUCGAGAAAUGCAUAGGUACAUCCGGUUUGCGGCGAAGCAUCGGAGUGCGGAGCACGCCCUGUGGCCAGGCUGGAAGUUCAGCCGCGGGACCCUCAUCUCCACUCCGUCCAUCGCCGUGUUGAACACGAUUUUCAAGGCUGGGCACGACAAUGACAAGGAGCACAUGCAACGCGAAAUCCACUCGCAGUAUGGGGGGCAGUUCCUGUGCAUGGAUGGCACGUGGCGCAUCGGUUUGAGGGUCAUUGAUUCUCCGGACUGCCUAUUUUUUCUGUUGGGGGAGGACGCCAAGGUUCCCGCGUACGGGGCUGUGCAAAGCGAAAGGAAGGAGGAAAUAUACCUCCUUCUGAAGAGGUACGCGGAGAGACGGAGGAGGAACGGCACGCUGCUCGCUCUGGAGUGGUUUUACGACGACCUCUGCUGUAGAGGGGCUGAUGAUGUCACCAAGGGGUGGAUACUCGAUAUUUUCGAGGGAGUGAUGCGCAGGGCACUUGCGGAUUCUUUCCACUUUGGGUGGGUUGAGGACGACCUGGUGAAGUACGUAGGUGACUACGUCAAGCUUGACCAGGCUGCCAUCGCCAGGAAGGAGCUGCCACUGCUGCGCCCGGAUUUACCACCAGGCAAAUCGGGUCCUAUUGGCGCCAUGGCAGCGCUGAACAAGCUCGUCAAGUGCCUCUGGAAAGGAUGCGGCCAGGAUCCGUUAGACGUCAACCAAAUGUAA